AUGGUAAUGACAAAUAUGUCAUUGACAGACAUACUUGAAAUGAGCCGAUCUGCUUUUUCAAAUGUACAACCAACCAGUAUCAGAUAUUACAUUGUUGAUCCUAACAAUAAAAAUUCAGCAAAAGAAUUGAGCAAAAGUGCAUUAACAAUGAUAAAAUUAUUAAAAAAAACAUUGCCUUCUGGUAACAAACGAUCAGGUGGUCAAAUAACAACAUCAACAACUGAAACAGACGUGAACAGUGAUGGUGAUAAAGAAAAUCGUCGGAAAAUAUCACGAGCAAGUACAUCAAAUGAUAAAUUAAAUGAUAAACGACGACGUCGUAAAAAUAAAAACAGCAACAAUCACGAUUAUAAUGAUGUCCAAUGGUCAUUUUCUUCUGAUGAAGAGUAUCAACCACCAUUAAUUGAACAACUUUAUCCAUCAUCAAUGUCAUCAGCACGUGAUCGAGCUGAUUUCGAACUUACUAGAACGGGUCGCAUAGAUUACUUCUGUGAAAAAUAUCUAUAUCUUACAGGUGUGAUAGUUAUACGUAAAUUCAUUCAUGAAGCACAAAUUAAUCUUUCCAUGCAUCAAGAGAAUUUCUACGAAUUUCUUCGUUUUAUUCGAAAUUCAUCAACAUUUCUAAUCGAGAUACAAGAAAUUGCAGAAAAGAUAAGAAAAGAAGAUACAAAGGUGAAGAUUGAAGAACUGGUUAAUGUUGGUUAUGAAUCUAAAUAA